UCGUAGAAAAUAUACUGGGUUUGCGGACUUUGGGUAAACUAGGGCGACGUUCUAGUGCUAGAUUUAGACCUUCGGCAAAAUGUAUUGACACUAUCGUUUGGUUUCAGUGUGGUAGAGUCCGCAAUUGAGGGCUCUAACCGUCACUUUGUACGAAAACUUCCUUGAACAGGCUCAUUAGCAUAUCUAGGGUGGCAAGAUGAGCAAGGUAUCGUUUAGGGCUCGGGCGCUGGACGCCACGAAGCCCAUGCCUGUUUUCAGGGCGGAUGAGAUACCUGAUCUACCUGAUUUUGCAACGAUCAACAGAUCUGUACCUCUGAUGCCGACUGGAAUGGAAAAAGAAGAGGAAACGGAGCACCAUCUUCAGAGAGCCUUGUCCGCACAGCAGGUCUAUGGGACAUCCGAGGCACUGGUUAUUCCUAUACCUGAAGUGGAGGAUAUUGCCGAGAAGUAUGACCAAUAUUACAAGCAGGACUUCAAACUGGGGAAGCAGUACAUCCACAUUCAGGCGUUUGGUAUGGACCAGGAGAUACCGGACUAUGACAUGGACAGCGAAGACGAGGGCUGGCUCAAUGAGCAGGCCAAGAAGAUGGAGAUCACGCCUCUCAAGUUUGAAGAGAUGAUGGAUAGGUUGGAAAAGGGCAGUGGUCAGCAGGUGGUUACCCUCCAGGAAGCUAAGUUGUUACUGAAAGAGGAUGAUGACCUUAUCAUUGCUGUGUAUGACUAUUGGCUCAAUAAAAGGUUACGCACACAACAACCAUUGAUAGCAACUGUGAAGACAGAGAAGCGAGAUGGGUCAACAACUAAUAACCCAUACGUGGCCUUCCGACGGAGAACUGAGAAGAUGCAAACUAGAAAGAAUCGCAAAAAUGAUGAAGUCUCAUACGAGAAAAUGCUGAAACUCAGGAGGGACCUCAGUCGAGCAGUUACAUUGCUGGAGGUGAUCAAGAGAAGGGAAAAGUCCAAGAAGGAGUUGCUUCAGUUAACGAUCGAAGUUUUAGAGAAAAGGUACCAAAGUGAAGAUUUUGAUGGCAAGUUGUUAGCUCAUGCUGAAGCUGAACGGCAUAAGCAUCCGUCUUUCAUUCCACCAUUUAGUCUCUCAAAGUCUGGGGAGUGGGUCCAGGGGGUGAAUGGGGAUAUUGCCCCCAAACCCAAGAAGCGAGCAUAUCGAAAACGGAAACAAUCCCAGCAGCAACAGCAUCAUCACCAUCACAACCACCAUCAUCAAACGUCCAACAUUACCUCAUCCCACUACAGCGAAGUGGACAUCUUGCAUCCAGAUAUAGACAGCUCUGAUGAUGAUGGGCUUUCUCCUGGUAUGUCUCCAUCUGAUCAUGAAGAUGAAAAUGAUCCUGAUGGUCCAUUUGCCUUCAAGAGAAGGAAACAUUGUCAUUAUUUCACUCCUCUCAUGGGUCGUCAAGGCAACUGGUCCUGGUGUAGUCCUGAUGAAGGUGGCCUUGGUGAUAAAAAAUACAGAUAUUCUCUCAUGUCACUACCUCCUCCAAGAAACUGUGUUGGGUUCUCCCGGCGGCGAGUUGGUAGGGGUGGGCGAGUCAUUAUGGACCGAGCGUAUACACCCUGGGACGAUGGCCUAGACAGACUCGACCUGGGUGAUCCCUCACAUUCACCUGAAGUGCUCGGUGAAUAUGUCACAUAUAUACGGGAAAGAAAAAUUCCUCAUUUUCGUCCAAAAACUCCGCCCCCUGACAGUGACUCAAGGCAUGGUAGUCGGUCACCGUCAAGUACUCCAGUGUCUGUUGAGUUUAACUUUGAGACCUUCCAGUCUCACAAAGAACAGUUGCUUGAAAUGAAACGGGAACAGGAGGAAAAACUGCUUCAACUUGAAGCAUCUGAGAUAGACUCAUCUGUGAUUCUGGGCCAAUCUUUCUCAUCACAACCAACCUCAAGGUUUACAUUGGACUCUGCCAGUGCCGAGUUUGCUGUGAGUGCAGUGAUGAAUUCUUCUCAGCUUCCCAGUGCAAAUAUUGGUGCUACAACUACUACUACUACUACAUCCACUUCCUCAUCCUCAUCGAACAAUUUAACUGCCCCCUCUGUUUCAUUACCCCCUGUGUCAACAUCACCAUCAUCGUUGUUGUCAGCGUCACUAACUGCACCACCAAUUCUUGUGACAACACAGACGACCACGCCUACACCACCAACAGUUGCUGUCACAACAAAUGGACCAUUGAUAGACAGUAAAACAAGUGGACUUUCAACCUCACCAGCAGCUAACAUUCUUCAGUUAAACUUCCCUCUCAAUGUGUGUUCAGUGACAACGGCAGCAGUUACAACAGCUUUGACAGCAGCUACGUCGGUGAAGGUGUCUUCGGCAUCAACGUUCAUGAAGCCCACUGUAAACAACAAAGUGAUGCCAGCCAACACCAGCACAUUCAAGCUAUCAACAACACCGGCCACAGCACUCAAUUUGCUCAAACAAAACCAUGAAGACCACAAUGCUGUGAGCACCUUUAACAAAGACCAAGUUUUGCCAAUGGAUGUUACUUGAUGGUCGGAGAGAGUAGUCUGCUGAUUAUUUACUCUUCAACACUGAGUGUGGGCUGGUACUGCCACCUGCUAGUGGCCCACACUCCUGCCCUACCAGUCUGACUCGCGAUGGAGUUGGUGUAGUGCCAGACGACAGAACUCUUCAUAACAACAGCCAUUCGUACAACUCUGGCUGCAGUGCAACACCACAUGUAGAAAAACAUGCUUCGGGAUGGGCAACACUCAUUGUAUUGUUUAGAAUGUUGUGCAUAUAUUCUUGUACAAGUGAUGUGGGGACUAACAACAGAAAUACUUGUCAUGUGUGAAGUGCUUAUGAUUAAAUCUAGAUGCUACAUGUUACAGCUGUUGUCCAGUUAAACACCCAUGAUAGUGAUGCUGCAAUUCUACGGGUAAUUCUAUGGAAUGCGUGUGUGUGACAUAUAAAUGGAAUGUGUUAUGUUAUUCAUCUUCUACAUUCUCCCUCAUCUCCAUGUUUAUCAAGUGCUUGACCAUUACUUCCCAGUGUGUAUCACAGGUAGUGAUAGACAGGCAUCAACUGCUUGACAAUUUACUUCCUAUAACACAGACAGAUAGACAGGCGUCAGAUGGGUAUCUGCAAUCACUUAUUCCAAUUUGAUAAGAUUCUGGAGAAGUUGAGUGUUACAUAUUCAGUUUUCAUACUUGUUAAAAUCAUGUUAGAAAAUAUGAUUCUUAAAGAUCCCUAGGUUAUUAGUAAACAAAUCAAGUGAGUUCCUUGACAUGGUAUGUUGCAAUCAUGUCAGUACUGAAAUGGGCAGAUCCUCUUGUUUCAAGAUAAGUUCAGUUGUAAUCAAGAGAUGUAUGGGAAGUACCGUAUAAUUCUUAGAAGCAAAACCUGCAUUCAAGAACAGAAAAGGAACUUCCAUGGUAUGAUCGAAUAUGUGCAUGAAAUCCAGAGUGCCAAAAUAUUCACUUUAACAUCUGUAAUAAAUUAAGCUCAUCUGGUAAACUGACCCGUUCAAGUAAUCCUGUACAAGCCCUGUUACAACAUGUCAGUGUAAGGAAUAAAGUUAACUUGUGAGAGAAAGUUUUGCAACAAUUGUAGAAAAUGACACCAUAAUGUUUUCCCUAACCUUUCAUCUGAUCCAUUCUGGAGACAUUCAUAUGGACUAAGCUGCCACUCAAAGGAGGUAACUCAUGUUGCCUGUUACUGACAAUGGUAGAAUUCUUUUGAUAAAUUUUCUUAUCCUCUUACUUGAACUUGAGAGUAUUUCUUAUGAAGUUUGUUUAUUUUGUGCUUAAUGGUCAGUAGUAACUAUUAUUAGGAGUACAUGUAUGUCAGACAUCAGAAUAAGUUGUCUCACACGUACAAUGUUUCUUUGUCCAUUGGUUCUACACCCACAGAAGUAGUAAGCAGGUAUAUAUGUAGAAACAGCUUGAAUUAAGGUGCUUGUAAAUUAAAUGAUGAGCACAGGAGAAAAAUCAAAAGACAUGAUCAUAGAUUAAAGCUUUCACCAUUAUCUCAACCAGUUGUUAGUGCCUGGGGCGUGUCCAUCUUGAUGAAAACACUGAGUAAGUGAACUUCUACAGUGUAUAAAUGAGACUAAAACAUUUUCUAUGCAGUCAUCUGGAACAAAUUCUGAAACUGCAAAAUUGGAAAUGUCUGAAAAUAAAUGUUUUGCAUCUUGACAAAAUUACCAUAAGCAAAGUUUGUUUUUGAAUGUGAUCAUUGAAGAAUGUGAAGUUGUUAGUGAUGCUAUGAAGCUGAGAAUGUUGGAGAUUCUCUGUGUACCAGUUAGUGAGAUGCGUGUGAGUUGCCACAUAUUGUGUGGCAGUUUGAGUGGCUGCAUACUAUGUGGCAUUGUAUCAGCAGAGGCACUGGAACGCUGAUCAUGAACUCCCACACAAACAUCUUUUACCAUAACUGUAAAUAAUUUUUAAUUUUAAAUAAGGUACUAUUUUGCCAUCCAGUUAAUAUUUUUCUCCCUUUUUUUUUCCCCUCAGGAAAUAGGAUGUUAAGUUAUAGGGUACUACUAAAAAAAGCUGAGGACCACCCGAUUCUUUCAUAUGGGUUACAGAUGACAAGUAACUAGAGUAAUAUGAAAGAAUCUGGUUGUCAUUAACCUAUUUUAGUUUAUUUAUGUAUAUCAUAGCUUGAAAAAUUUCACAUCGUUUCUUAUAAAUAUAUAUGUACGAAUGUUACAUGUAAAAAAUUAUUUUAAGAAUAACAAAUGAAAUUUUUCUUCAAAAUGAACGAAACUUUUAAAAAUUCACUGCUCUUUAUAAACCAGUACUGUUUGUAGAAUCACAAUCCUCUAGAAUAUCGCGCUAAAGUAUAGAUGCUGAAGUUCUGUAUUAUGUUUGUUACACACUUCCUAAGUGGCUUUUUCUUGUUGAUGUUAUGUAACAUAGAUGUAUGUUGUCAGAUGUUGAUUUUCUGUUAGAUGUGGAUAUAGAUUAGGGAGCACUUAAAAUCAAAUGCUGAACACAAUACAUGCUCUGUGUUGCUCUACAAUAUAUUUUGGAUAUUUCAGAAAAAAAUUGUACUUGUCUUGAAAUAAUAGUUUGUUCAUAUCUCCAAUAUAUAAAAUUGUAAAUGUAUGGGAGGAUAUGUCAGUGUUGUACACAGGAAAUCAAAUUCUUUCUGCAAACUUAGCUGACUGAAAUCGUGGAACAUGUAUCACUGUUAAUGAAUGUAAAGUCAACUCAUGAUGGACUAUAGAUGGCCAUGGAGAAAUAUUAUGUCCCCUUAACAAUCCCACUUCUAAUCCUUAAGCAUGUUGAUUUGAGGGUAAUGUUUUUCAGGGUUAGAACUUGUAAUGUUAAAACAAUUGGGAAAUUCAAUUAUCCCGCAGUAAUAUUUUGACAGCCCUGUGCUAGUGUUAAGUUCUAACCCUGUUUUUUGCAGUUUAUUCAGAUAUUCCAAACUGUUUUAUCAUUCAUUUGGUAUUGGUAUAUCAAGUGUUGACUGUAUUGCUAGGAAAUCUUCUUUAACUUUACUUUCAGAAAUGAACUAACUUGUUUUACAGUAAAGCUCAUUUGGCAGUUAUAUUCUUGUUGGCAUCAAGCUUAGGAGUGCCGACAUAUACAACAGAUGAAAACUGCUGUAGGUCCACAUUCCAUGUAGAUACUUAAGUUGUUUACCAUCUUAUUUUCAGCGUUCCAAUACCUUGCAACCCUAGCCAAACCUCAAGUCAUGUGUGAUUGCCAUUCUGACAUCUUGUGUGAUUCAUACUCCGAAAUUCUUAUGCUUACUCAUGAUUAAUUCUGCGAUUGUUUUGGGUUUUUAUUUGUUCAAUCUUCAAAUUUUAAGGUAUGGAAUACCUUAUGAACUGUUUAGAUAUGAGGUUGUCAACAACCAGUUUAAACAACUCAAAUUGAAUCUACAUUGCUAUUUUGCAUCUUCAAAAUUAAUGCUCCAAUACAUUUGGACAGAAAAUUGUCAGUUACACUGUAGAGAAGUGGCUCUACAUCAGGACACAUAUCUGGCUGGGGUCAUAUUGAGUCCUUGUUGCCAAAGGGUGACUGGAGAUUUGGCUUGUACUUCUGUAAGCUAGCCGGACUGACUGAUUGACGGAGAACUUGCUGAAUGUAGAAUGACGAUUUCCUUCAAAGCACGGCUGGGUUAGAGAUUGAGCAAUGAUCUGUGAUAUUGGGGGUGUGAGUGUAUGCACACCAGGUUUUCAUGAGAAUAAUAAACAUUUGUACAGAGUCGAGAAACAAA